AUGGACAGCGUCAACUUCGACAUCAACGAUGCGCUCAAGCAUUACAUGGGAGAUCCGGCCGCGAUCCUGACACCCGAGGCGGACGGAGCACUGGUCGACUGCGAGGCCGACCCGGAGGCGCUCGCCGACAAUGCGCUGAUUAAUGCGGUGCUCAACCCGAUCGUGGAUGCCGUGGCCGAGAACCCCGAUGCCAUCACGCGCAGCAGCAUUUUUGACUCGUUGCAGUUCCUGUUAAAGUGUGCACCCAUCUCUUCUAACUCCCUACUACCCAACGCAAGCGCAAGAGACACCUCGCCGCCGGCAGCGGACACACCCACCCCUGCCCGGCGCGCGCGUCCUCGUCCUCGUCCUCCGGGUUCUGGCACCACAGAAGACCGCCGUGGAAACGAUCCUAAUUCUGAGCUGUUCAAACAAUCCAGGUACACCUCCUUCCUUUCGGCGCAUGCUCUGAGCAAGAUCUUUGACCUGAUCACCUCCGGCCUGGCCACCGAGGCCGACGUUAUCCACAAUGACCUCGAGACCGACGAACAGGAACUCAUCGCCCACCACAAGCAGCUGCUGGAGAUGUAUGGUUUCCUCCUGCAGUGGACCAUCGCCGCCGUCGAGACCAAGGCUGCCGAGAAAUCGUCCACUACGGUACCCGCGAGGGCCCGCGGCAAGCCCAAGGGCAAGAAAGGUACCGGGGCUGACGGCGCCUGGGACUCGUCCACACAACUAGAGGCCGCUUUGAACACAAUGUGCAAGGCGCUGAGGUUGAAGCUGGGCAAGAUCUUUCUUACGACGUCCGAGCGCGAUACCUUCAUCUCUCUGCUGACCCGGCCGGUCUAUAUGAUUCUGGAGAGCGAGCAGCGCGUCAAGAGCACCAGCAUCCGCAUGCACGCCUUCAAGGUGCUCUGCAUCGCGGUCAAGCACCAUGGCCAUGGAUAUGCUGCCCAAAUUUCCAUCGUCCAGAACCUGACAUACUUUGAACACUUGUCGGAGCCCAUGGCGGAGUUCCUCCAUAUUCUGGCCGAGCAAUACGACUACCCCCAAUUGACCGACGAAAUCCUGCGAGAGCUCAGUAACAAGGAGUACAAUACCAACGACACGAAGGGGCCCAAAUCGGUUUCGACGUUUAUGGUUAAACUGUCCGAGUUGGCUCCUAGAUUGGUCAUCAAGCAGGUUACUCUGUUGGCAAAACAGUUGGACAGCGAGUCAUACACACUUCGGUGUGCUCUUAUCGAGGUCUUCGGCAACAUGCUUGCUCACCUCAGCAAGUCCGACGAACGAGGCGAGAACCACAAGAUGCAGAUGAAUGCGUUCUUCGACGUGCUGGAGGAACGCUUCCUCGACAUCAACCCAUACUGCCGAUGCAGGACCAUCCAGGUCUACGUGAAGCUGUGCGAUCUGGACCAAAAGUUUCCCAAGCGGCGACAAAAGGCAGCAGAACUGGCUUGCCGCAGCCUCGAAGACAAGAGUAGCCAUGUAAGGAGAAACGCCAUCAAGUUGCUUGGCACCUUGAUUCGUACGCACCCUUUCACUGCUCUCCACGGGGCGCAACUCGCAAGGAAAGACUGGCAGGAACGUCUCGACAAGGUUGAUUCGGAGCUCAACGCGCUCAAGCCCCCAGUGGACGCCCCUGGCCUCGAUGGGGACAAGGGCAAUACUACUGUGGACCCCGAGCUUCUCGACGAGGCGACGCAGAUCGAGUCGCCGAAAAAGCCGGUGGUCGAAAUGACCGACGAGGAGAAGAUUGCCGCGGUGCAAAAAGCGCGAGAGGAGGCAGCAACCUCGGAGGCUAUCGAAAAGCUCACUCUCACCAAGCGCUACUACAGCGAGGCGCUCAAGUUUAUCGACGUACUCCACGACUCUACCAACACCGUUUGCCAGCUCCUCGGGUCCAGGAACAAGAGCGAGGUGAUUGAGGCCAUGGACUACUUCGAGAUCGGCGAUGCCUACAACAUUGAACAGAACAAGGUCGGCAUCCGCCGCAUGCUGAGGCUGAUCUGGACCAAGGGGAACAGCGAUGAGGGCAAGGGCGUGCAAGCGCAUCUCAUCGACUGCUACAAGCGUCUGUUUUUCGAGGCACCGGACAGCUUCAGUCCUAAUGACGCGUCCAACUACAUCGCGCGUAACAUGAUCAGUUUGACGUUUAACGCCACCCCGGCCGAGUUGACUUCCCUUGAACAGCUGCUCAGUACCAUGAUGAAGCAGGGCAUGAUUCCCGAUCUCGUCAUUGGCAAGCUGUGGCAGGUGUACGGCGUGCACAAGCGGGAGAUCUCGAAGAAGCAAAGACGUGGCGCCAUCAUCGUUCUGGGCAUGCUUGCGACGGCGAGCCCCGAGAUUGUUGUCGGCGAGAUGGAGACCAUGUUGCGCACCGGUCUGGGAUCCCAUGGGCGUUCAGACCUCCAGCUGGCCAAGUUCACCUGUGUUGCCCUCCGCCGCAUCAACCCUACCGGCCGCCAGGCCAAGGAAUCGGCUGCGAAGUUCUCCCGCCUCCAAAACGACCACGCCGUGCUGCUGAGGCUGGCUUCGAUUACCGAAGUGCCCAGCGACAGCAAGGACUGGUAUGGCGUCACGGAGCAAGCUAUCAACGCCAUCUACACCCUUUCCAGGCACCCCGAUGUCCUCUGCUCGGAGAUUAUCCGACGCAAGACGAGGGCCGUCUUCUCCAACCCCAUGUCUCGCCCCGUCUCACAGCCAAACUCCCGGCCCAGUUCCCGCGAUGAAACACAGUCGGUCCCAAGCGCUUCCUCCGAGAGCGGCGACAGCGACCACACAGUCCAGCCAACACAACAAGUGCCCGUCAGCCCAGCCAAGAAACAAAACAAGGACGACACUGUCGGUCUGUCUCAACUCCUCUUCAUCGUCGGCCACGUCGCCAUCAAGCAGAUCGUCCACCUAGAACUCUGCGAGCUCGACUUCAAGCGCCGCAAGCAAGAAAGAGAAAAAACAGCCGCCGCCAGUGCUUCUCGCACCUCCCUCGGCGCCAGCACCUCCAGCCGCCGUUCCGCCUCCGCAGCCAAGGACAAGUCCAAAGUCGAAGACGAAGGCGACGAGCUCGACCUCAUCGGCGGCACGACCGAAGACGAUUUCACCGAAGCCAUGGGCCACAUCCGCGAGCGCGAGCUCCUCUUCGGUCCCAGCUCCCUCCUCGCCCUCUUCGGCCCCAUGGUCAGCGAAAUCUGCGCCAACAACACCACCUACCGCGAUCGCAACCUCCAACAGGCCGCCACCCUCUGCCUCGCAAAACUGAUGUGCGUCUCCUCCGAAUACUGCGAAGCCAACCUCCCCCUCCUCAUCACCAUCAUGGAACGCUCCACCGACGCCACCGUCCGCAGCAACGCUGUCAUCGCCCUCGGUGACAUGGCCGUGUGCUUCAACCACCUCAUCGACGAAAACACCGAUUUCCUCUACCGCCGCCUCGCUGACCCGGAGCCCAUGGUCAAACGGACCUGUCUGAUGACGCUGACGUUCUUGAUCCUGGCCGGGCAGGUCAAAGUCAAGGGCCAGCUGGGCGAGAUGGCGAAGUGUCUGGAGGACGAGGAUAAGCGGAUUGCGGACUUGGCGCGGAUGUUUUUCACGGAGCUCAGUACCAAGGAUAAUGCGGUGUACAACCACUUUGUGGAUAUGUUUAGUCUGUUGUCGGCCGAUCGGAGGAUUGAGGAGGAGAAUUUUAGGAGGAUUAUUCGGUUUUUGCUUGGGUUUGUUGAGAAGGACAAACACGCCAAACAACUCGCCGACAAGCUGGCUGCUCGUCUGCCGCGGUGUGAUAGCGAGCGACAGUGGAAUGAUGUUGCGUUUGCGUUGGGGUUGUUGCAGCAUAAGAAUGAGGAUAUUACGAAAUUGGUGUCGGAGGGGUUUAAGGUUGUGCAGGCUUCUGCGUAG